AGAUUGCAUGAGAGAGCCUUGUCAUUAUGGCUGGUGCGAGGAGACUUUACUCGGCUACGACUGUCAUUGUCAUCCAGGAUUUGGAGGAAUCAGUUGCAGUAAAGUUAAUUCUACGGUGACCGCAUUGACUACCAUGACUACGCCAUCACCACCACCAACACCUACCCUCUCUACUAGCAACUUCCAAAAUAUUAACUCUACGGUGACUGCAUUGACUAACAUGACUACGCCAUCACCACCACCAACAACACCUACCCACUCUACUAGCAACUUUCAAAAUAUUAACUCUACGGUGACCGCAUUGACUACCAUGACUACGCCAUCACCACCACCAACAACACCUACCCUCUCUACUAGCAACUUUCAAAAUAUUAACUCUACGGUGACUGCAAUGACUACCAUUACUACCCCAUCACCUCCACCAUCAACACCAUUCCUCUCUACCAACAAUGUCAAAACUAGUCUCAUCGGUUUUAAUGAAUGCUAUGCAAUGGUGAAUGGAAGCGAUUACAGAGGUGAGGUAUCCAUCACUUAUAGCAAUAAGACAUGUCAAAAUUGGACAUCACAGCAACCUCAUUCUCACACCCGGACCCCGGUGAAUUACUCAGACGCUGGGCUUGGGGACCAUAAUUUUUGCCGCAACCCCGACGGGGAAGAGUAUGCCUGGUGUUAUACCAUGUCACCGUUGAGCCGCUGGGAAUAUUGCGACAUUGGGACCCCCAAAGAUGAAUGUACACCGGAUUCAAUGUAAAGGGAGGUGCCGCGACCUAUUCUUAAAGUGCAUGUCCAUUUACAACAACAAUCUGAUAUGAAACAAAAUACAGAGGCGUAAUGAGCCAAAAGCUUUGAGGGGGCGAGAUGUGGCGUAUUAAUAGGCUAAAUUUAUUUUUUAAAGUUUUUCUUGGUCGUGAUUUUUUUUUUUUUGGGGGGGGGGGCAAGCACCCUCAAAGCCCUCCCCCCUCACCUGUAUGCCACUAAACAAAUAUUACCUUAUGAAUAACGAUCCUUGUGAAUAAUUAUAUAUUAAACAAAUAUAUCAGGCUUUGAGCAAGUAUAGUGGAAUUAUUUAUCAGAGGUUGGUCUGGCAAUUACUAUUUUUUUCCCGAGGGGCGAAGCUCCGAGGGUAAUAUAGUAGUUUUGCCAGUUCAACCGAGGAUUAAUAAAUCCCACUAUGCUUUCGAAGGAAACUCCCGAUAUAUUUGUUUAAUAUCCUACUUGCAAUUAUUUAGAUCCAAAAUCUAUGAGCUGAGCUUGCAGAGUCCGGUUACUUGAGUUUAAUUACCUACUUUUCACCAACCCACCGCGCUCAGCUGAACGCGGAUUAGUGCCAGAGAGCUCGCUGACCGGUGCGCCCGAGAUUUAAGCUUAAUAUCCAAAGCUUAAUAUCCAGUUUUCUGAAAUAAUGACGUCAGAAUGUUGGUAUAGCAAAACAAAUAUCGAGGUUUGACGUCACGCAAUAUCAUAGUUAAAAUACAUGAUGCUAUUUGAACCAAUCACGAUAUAGGAUUUAAUCAUUGUAGGAUAUAAUAUCAUCUAUAAAGAGCGUUUUAGCGAUGCAUUAAAGACGCGUAUUUUGGUGUGCAUCAAUUGCCCGUGCAGUAUCAGAGCGCAUCCCUAAAUAGUACCGAAAUCCGACGAAUAUCCCAUUAAUAGCUCCUGUACAAAAUUGCUGUUGAAUAUGAGACCAUAUUAGUGCGAAUGCGUGAAAUAAACAACGAGUACAUCAAUGAACGCAAUGCAAAGCGCAGCAUAGAGCAUAGAGUACAAUGACGCUUAGUGACGUCAUAAUUAAAUACAUGUGAGUCGCACGUCAACGACCAAAUUUGAAGUGAUGAUGCCGUGUGUGGUAAUUGAUGGCAUAACAAGUUCAAUCAAAGUUCUCCCUCUUUCUAUUUUAUUUCAUUUUUUGCGGGGUAUAUAGAUGAUAAUGAUAUCGGAUGGCUUUAUUUCAUGGAAUACCAGAAAUAUUCCACUCGUUAGGGCUUAUAUUCCACUCAUCUGCGAUUCGUGGAAUAUUGCCCAAAUUCUUGGAAUAUUUCUGUCAUUCCAUUCUUAGCCAUUUAAUAUUAUAUAAACAUUGACUGCCCUUAGGGGGACAUCAAAUAUGUCGCCCGCUUGGCCCUAGUCUUUAGACGAGGACAAUAUGGUUAGUUUAUAGCAUAUUUGGUGUUUCCCGAAAAAAAAAGCCAGUCAGUAUUGUACAACGCCUACUUAGCUUGUUGUACACGAGCAAAUGGGAGGCUGAAUAUCAAACAUUCGCACCGUUGCACACAAGACGUACCAUCCAAAAUGUACCGUUGCCCGGCUUAGGAGGUGACGUCACGAUACCAUUUAAUUAAUUGCGCUCAGUAAAAAUUAAGGUGCACUACGCGUAUAAGCCUGCUGGCUAAAUGCGCAAUGCUGCCCAAGGUAAUGUGCGCUUGUGGGAUUUUGCUUUUUGCUUUCAAUAUUUUUGCUCCCUUUUCAUAGAUUACUACAGGGAAAAACUCUUGUUUUUUAUAUGUUCGCUAAAUUCCGAGGCGCUGUACAACACAAAUAGCGAAUAUUCUUAUUCGUGCAAUAGUGCGAGAUUUUGCAUUCGGUGAAAGAAAGAGACGCUCUUUUCAACUCGGCGAACGCCUCGUUGAAUAGAGCAUCUUUCUUUCACCUCAUGCGAAAUCUCGAACCAUCGCACUAAUGCCUAUUCGCUAUUUGUAUAUUAUUAUUAUUACCUACAGCUGUAUAAUGUGCAAUUUAAGUUAUUAUUUAGAACAAUGUAUAUGCCUAAUUGCUUAUUACUACUGAUGCCAGUUUUUAACGAACUUAGCAAAGUAAUCCGUGCUAAGCAAUUGUGACGUCGCGCAUCAUGCAUGACGCGCACAUAAUAGGUUUAAUAGGUUUGAUCAGCUGGGAAUGCAUAUGCCAUUAUCGCGCUUCGCACUAUCUUUAACGCGUUGGUUUUCCUACUGGUUCCAACAAGAUUUCGCAAAUACUAAAAUUAGCGAUUUAAAUCGACCCCUUCUGCGCAAGCGCACUAGCAGAAAUAUGAUCAAUGUUGCCCUCUGUUUUGUACAUGCAAUAUUCAUAUGGGCAAAUCCGGCGGAGGGCAAAAUAGCAAAUGUUUACCCCGUUGGUCUCGGAUUGAAAGUAGCGAGCAAAAUAUGACAUUAAUCUAUCUAUCUCUUAAAAUGCCUUAUAUAGGUAAUAAUGAACAUUAUGAAUAGCGAGCCUUCUGAAUAUUGUCAAAGAAACUUAAGAAGUACAAACCGUUACAUUCCUCAGGAAUACAUAAGAGCAAACAACUGAUCGACUGGAUGAAUUUAAUUCAAUAUAUUUCCGUGUGUUUUUUAAAACAAUGUUUCAUUUGCAGGAAGACAUUGUACCUGAAAACGUCGACGUUUAAUCUAAACUUUGAAUAUAUUUGUGACAUAGACUAUUAAAGCUUCGUGGUUAAGAUGUUAUUCGUGUUUAAACCGAUUGACAAGAAUAUUAUCAAAUUAAAUGGCGUAAUGAAUAC